AUGUGGUUUGUUGAUCCUAAAAAACCACAUCAUGUCUGCCUUCUUCACAAAUCUAUAUAUGGAUUAAAGAGGGCUCCUAGAGCCUGGUAUGAAAAGCUCAGUUCAGCUCUUCUAUCUCUCAAGUUUGUUCAUUCAGUUGCUGACUCAUCUCUUUUUGUGCACAAACAUGGUUCUCAACUCACAGUUGCUCUGGUAUAUGUUGAUGACAUUAUGCUCACUGGGUCUUCUCCAAAUUUUCUGAAAUUUGUUAUUUCACAGUUGCAGCUGCCAUUUCCAAUUAAAGACUUGGGUCCUAUAAACUACUUCUUAGGUCUUGAGGUUAACAGGGAUGAUUCUUCAUUGUUUUUGUCUCAGACAAGAUAUGCAGUUGACUUGCUUAACAAAUUUCACAUGGAUGGUGCUAAACCUUGCUCUACACCAAUUGCCUCUUCAACUAAACUCUCAAAGGAUGAUGGUGUUUUGCUUGAAAAUCUAACUGAGUAUAGGUCUCUAGUAGGAGCAUUGCAUUAUCUUACCUGGACAAGACAUGAGAUUGCUUUUGCAGUCAAUCUUGUUUGUCAGCAUAUGCAACAUCCAAGAACCACUCACCUUGCAGCUGCUAAGCGGAUUUUGAGAUAUAUAAAAGGCACUCUUGGCUUUGGAGGUACUUUUACUAAAGGUUCUUCCUUUCUCCUUGGUUUCUCUGAUGCUGAUUGGGCUGGAAAUGUUGAUGACAAACGCUCUACAGGGGGAUAUUGCAUUUUUCUUGGUCCUAACAUCAUUUCUUGGUCCUCCAAGAAGCAAUCUACUAUUGCCAGGUCUAGCACAAAGGCUGAAUAUAGAACCUUAGCACAUAGUGCUGCAGAAAUGGUAUGGAUUUGUUUUGUUCUUCAAGAUCUUCACUUCUUUAUUCCUGUUAUACCUAAACUGGGAUGUGAUAACAUCAGUUCUAUCUCCUUGGCAUCAAAUCAUGUUCUGCACUUAAAAAUGAAGCAUGUUCAUCUUGACUACCACUUCAUCAGAGAAUUGGUGCAAUCCAAGGCUUUAGAUGUUUUCUAUCUGUCUACCAUUGAUCAGAUUGCGGAUGUUUUUACAAAGGGACUCUCUGCAUCUCGCUUCUCCUUGCUACGCUCCAAACUUCAGGUUGAUGCAGCACCCUUCAGUUUGCGGGGGGAUAAUGAUGCAGUGCAGGUUAAGAAAUGUAGUGGUGAAAGAUAA